AUGGGGUCGAAUAUCUACUUUGGAGAGAUAAAAGUUGGUACUCCAGGUCAGCGUUUCAAAGUGGUGUUUGAUACUGGAAGUAUCAAUCUUUGGGUACCAUCUGGGGACUGGAAAGCAAUCCGUCACAACAAUUAUAAUUCGAGCAAAUCAAGUUCUUAUAAACCAAAUGGAAAGAAUGUAGCCAUCGAAUACGGUACAGGUUCUCUCAAAGGUGUUCUAAGCAGUGAGACUGUCAAUGUUGGUGGAAUUACGAUAACCAAUCAGUACUUUACAGAGGCUCUUGCUACCAAGGAGGCUGAGGAUCCACUUCUGAAAGCGCCCUUUGAUGGUAUACUGGGACUUGGAAAUCCUCAAGAUUCUGCUACAAGAACUCUUUCUGUUUGGGAGUCGAUGAUAAGGCAAGGUAAGGUUAAGAAGAAAAUAUUCUCCAUCUGGCUUGGAAGACCUUCUCUCUUUAGAGCAGGGAGGGGGGAGAUAACGUUUGGAGGUAUAAACUGAUCCCGUUUCAAGGGACAACAUACCUAUAUAACCGCGACUGGGAAGAAAUACUUCUUCCAAAUGAGCAACAUAUUAGUCGGUUCAAAAGACACCAAUGUUUG